UUUAGUGUUUGGAGUUGGGAUCGGUUGAUCGCCUUUAACGACUUCGCUGGAAUGGCCUUGGUCUUGGCAUGUGCUCUUCUCUUGCUAUCAAUUCAGUAUGUGCUCUUCUCAUGCCGCUGUGAGUCUGUGACAGCCAAGGCCGGGAAAAGCUUUGUUUGUAAGAGUUAUCAGCUGUUGCCGGCUCCUCUCUCUAUCGUUGGUGACUGGUCUUCAUGUGAUUGUUUUCUUGUUGUCUACCAUUACCAGUGAUAGAAAACACUAUGAGCUUGGGUUUAGUAAUUCUUUCGGGCGGGAAUUGUUGUUUCAAUUUGAGUUUUUGUGUUCUAGUUCCCUGUAUUUUCUUCUGUUUUCUUGCUUGUAUGUUGUAUUUCAAUUCAAUUUAUGAAAACCCUUUCUUUAAGAAAAAAAGAAGAAUCGGGACCGUUUAGUUUAUAAGAAAGAAAAAGGUUGAAAUAGUCAUUAGAUAAAUUUACCAUUUUCUAUCGAAAUAAAAAGUAACUAGAUAAAGAGAGAUGAGAAAUUCCUUAAAAUAACCAUUUUUACUUUAUGGGGUGAUGUUUUGGUGAUAUGGUUUUAAAUUUUAAAAAAUAAAAAAUAAAUAUUUAAAAUUUUAAAAUAAAAUAGAAUAUUUUGAUCAUUUUUUUUGAGUGAUAUUUUUGUGAUAAAAACUUUUUAAAAAAGUUAUUUAGGACAAUUGUUCUAAAGAGAUUGAUAUAAUACAUAUCCGACUUACGGACCAAAAAGUCAAGCGAAUAUAUUUAGAGCAUCUUUAUCGCUCACUUUUGAUCGUCUCUUAGGGGGGGGGCCACAGUUCAGAAGAAAACGGUAUUUUAUGUGUGUAAAAUAGAGACGUGUGUUGCUGUUUUUUGCACUGUUCGCACCGACACGUGGCGACCAACGAUUGAUGUGCUUUUUAAUUUUUUUAAAAAAAAUCAGAAAAAAAAUAAAAAAUAAAAAAGAUUUAUAUUUAAUAUAGGAGAUAAAGAUGCUCUUAUGUAUGAAAACAAAAUUCUAACCGUGUUUAGGAUUUCUAUUUAAUAUAGGAGAUAUUAACAGGCUAUAUAUACAUGUAUAUGCCAUAAACACAUGAUUUCAUCCGUAUUCAGUUGAGAAAACACAAAAGGGAUUAUUCAAAAGAAUAAUAUCUAGCUAAUUGCAUACUCUAAUAUAUUAAUAUGGAAGUACCAAAGGAGUCAAUCCUGUCUGCUCCGCCGCAACCAUCUCGGACGUCGUUUUCAUCACUACCAGAGGACAUCGUUUUGAGUAUAUUGGCUCGCAUAUCGACAUCACAUUACCCUAAACUCUCUUCUGUCUCCAAGAGCUUCCGCUCGCUCAUACCCUCGAAGGACCUCAAGCAUGCGCGAUCCCGCUAUGAAACAAGAGAAAAUCGUGUUUAUGUCUGCCUACAAUCGCACAUCCAUCCGUGUAACCACAGAUGGUUCAGUCUGUGGAUAAAACCUGAUGAUCAUCAAACCCUAACGCAUCCUUGUAACGAUAGAUGGGUCGGUUUCUGGACAGACCCUGACCAGCAUCAAACCCUAGCAUGUUGCGUGAGCGAAGACAAAACUACCAGAAAUUUGCUGGUACCAAUUCCGUCUUCUUAUUCUCCCUACUUACCAAAGCUCUAUGAAAUGGCUGGUUCAGAUAUAUAUGCAAUAGGUGGCGGACUAAACCCAUCGUCCUCUACCACAGUGCGGGUCUGUAAGGAGCUGGUCGGUGAAUGGCGUGAAGCCCCUAGCAUGAUGGUUGCUCGUAAGAAUGCCUUUACAUGCUCCCUCAAUGGGAAAAUAUAUGUAAUUGGAGGAUGUGAAUCAGGUGAAUCUGAGUGUUGGGCUGAGGUUUUCGACCCAAAGACUCAAACAUGGGAACCUUUACCGGAUCCUGGCACUAGGCUCCGGUUCUCUUCCAUUAAAAAUCUCGACGCCCAACAAGGUAGAAUUUACUUGAGGACCAAUAAAAAGAACUUUGUUUACCUUAUAGAAGAAAAUAGGUGGGAGGUUGUUGAUGAAAACAUUGGGGAGAGUGAAUGUAAGGUAGAUAAUACUUGGUACUGUUAUGCUAAUGAUGGUUUACACUGGUGGCAUGAGACAAAGUAUUGUGAAGAAUGGAAAUUGGUCAAAGGUUUGACGGAGCUUGAUCUGCAUUUUAGAAGAGGACAUGGAAUGGAAAUAGUUAGUUAUGGUAGAAAACUCGUUAUCUUUUGGGUUGGUUUGACAGAAAUGUUAGAUGAUUUUCCUCUUAGCCUACCACCAUCUGAAAAUUUCUUUUCUGAAAUUUGGUGUGCUGUGGUUUUGCUUGAAAGACGUCAUGAUGAUGAAAUUUGGGGUCAGAUUGAAUGGGUUGAUCUUGUGCUUAGAGUCCCUUCGUCACAUACACUCUUGCGCUGUGUGGAGCUAGUGCAAUGAUCGACAAUAUGCCUUUGCUUAGGGGCUCUUAUUAAUUAAAAUAUAUGCUGUUUUUUUUUGGUUUUUGUACUCUUUUUAACUUAGAUUUGUUUUACAACAGUUCAUGUACUGUUUGUUUUUUCUUUUCUUUUUGUGGUCAGGUCUUUUACAACAGUUCAUCUACAUACAUAUAUUGAACUUAAAAUAUACCAAUGGAAUGUAUAAAUAAUAUUCGGACAAGUCAUAAAUACAUGAACCAUAUCAAAUAGUUUCUCAGAAAAAAAAAAAAAAAAAAA